AGCCGAAAAUAAAAUCGCCGAAAAAUAUUUUUAAUUUUUGGAGUCGUGAAACGUAAAUUAUUACAAUGAAUUUGUUUACAAAUAUGAGUCAUUAAGCAUACUUUAAAUUUCAUACCAAAAAAACCGAGAAAAAUUGUCUGAAACAAGUAAUCGUAGUGUGUUUCGUGAACUUUCGUGUGUAUCAAUAUAAAAAGCAAUGCCUCAAACGGCAGAAGAAGUUGCAAGCCGCUAUCCUUUACAUUGGCUUGUUUGGAACGAUAAGCACGAAGAACUUAAAGCGGCUCUUCAGUCAAACAAGUACACACCACAAGAUAUAGAACUCAAAGAUCCUCGAGGGAGGACCCCACUGUUGCUUGCAGUCACCUUGGGGAACUUGGAAGCCGCCCGUGUUCUUAUAGAAGCAGAUGCAGAUGUCAACUGUGAAAAGGAUGGCUGGACAGUGGUCCAAGAGGCAACAGCUACGGGGAACCUUGAGCUACUAUCCCUGGUGUUGUCUAGGCGCGACAGGCAACGUCACGCGGUGCGCUGCAGCGGAAUACCGGAGCUGCUGAACCGGCUGAGCCUCGCACCGGACUUCUAUGUGGAGAUGAAGUGGGAGUUUACUAGCUGGGUGCCGCUGGUGUCCCGCAUGUGUCCGUUCGACACGUACCGCGUGUACAAGCGCGGCGCCAACGUGCGCGUCGACACCACGCUCGUCGGCUUCGAGAACAACCGCUGGCAGCGCGGCGACCGGACCUACAUAUUCCGGGGUCACGGUCGCAGCGCAUCCCUAGUGGAGCUAGACCACGAAGCUCGUACGGCAUGGUCGGAGCGUCUCGGUGCGGACGACGCCGCCGCCGCGCCGCCUGCGCCGCCGCCGCCGCGAGCGCUCAGACAGCGACUGGCAGCGCCGCUGGCCAUCAACUACCUGGAUACGGAUAAGAUUAGCUUUGAGAGGAACAAGAGCGGUAUCUGGGGCUGGCGCGCGGACAAGAGUGAGGAGGUGUGCGGCUGGGAGUGCAAGGUGUGGGGCGCCAGCAACGUCGAGCUGGUGUCGCGUACACGCAGCGAGCACGUGCCCGCCGGCCGCGUGCGCCGCCGCGCGCCGCUCGCCGGCCUGCUGGCCCUCGCCGACGACACCGAGACCGUGGAGCCCGAGCAGGAGGAGCCUGCCCGCAGUCGGUCGUGCGAGGACCUGCGGCCGGUGACGUGGCAGGAGUACUUCUCGGACGAGCCGCUGGAGCGCGACGUGGGGCGGCCGCGCGUCGUCAGCACCAAGGUGCAGCGGUUCCGCGCGACGCUGUGGCUCUGCGAGGACUAUCCGUUGCAGCUGCAAGAGCAGAUAAUGCCGAUCCUGGAUCUCAUGGCGGCGAUGUCGUCCCCGCACUUCGCCAAGCUUAAGGACUUCGUGCAGAUGCAGCUGCCAGCCGGCUUCCCCGUCAAAAUUGAAAUCCCACUAUUCCACGUGCUGAAUGCGCGCAUCACCUUCGGAAACAUAUUCGCGUCGGAGACCCCCGUACCGAACGUCCAAUCCGUACGCGAGGGCGAGCGGCUGGCGUGCAUCGUGGAUGACAUCGUGUUCAGCGCGCGCGGCUACCGUGACGCCGCCGCGCCCGACCACCUGUGCGACGACGACGGCCUGCUGCAGUUCGCCAUACAGCAGUCCCUGCUCGAGGCCGGCACGCACGACGACCAGGUGGACGUAUGGGAGGCGCUGCGUGGCGCGCGGCCCGCGUCGCCCGCGUCCUCGCCCCCGCGCCCGCACUCGCGGGACCUGCUGGCGCACGAGCAGAGAGAACUACAGAGAGCUAUAGAAGAAUCGCUAGCGGCGGCGGCGGGGCGGGAACCGGCGGACGGGGUGGACAAGUGGGCGGAGCAAGAGGCGGAGCCGGUGUGGGCGGAGCCUGUACCGGGGGAGUGGGCGGGGCAGGGGCCGGAGCCGUGGGCGGAGGAGGAGGCGCUGCGGGCGGCGCUCGAGGCCUCCGCCCUCGAGGAGAGUGAGAGGGAGAGGCGGCGCCGCGACGAGCAGACGCAGCUCGACGAGGCGCUUCGACUGUCGCUGCUGGAUAAGUAGCAUGAUCUCAAAACAAGCUGGCAGGCACGGAGCCAGUGCGAAAGCGACACUAUCGCCUAGUGAUAAAAACUAUUUUUGUGUAAACUUCAACGGUGCGUAGAUUUAGUUAUAUUUAUAAAUUUAUACAUGUAUACUGUGUGCACAAUGUUAUAGAGAGCUAUGUAAUACUUCUACCGGGUAGUAUGGAGUGAGAGAUACUUAUUACAGAGUAAUAAAGUAUAUUUUUAUUAUAAAAAAUAUGAUUGUGUACUUACAACCAACAUUGUUUCCAUAGAUUAACUUUUUGGCAUUUAUACAUGUAUAAACAUAAACGGUCUUACCACAAAAAAACUAAACAUC